AUGCCAUUUGAAAACUUCCUGAGAGGACCUAACGAGUUCAAGACUGUGCCGCAACAGCCUCCAACCCAGCAGUAUGAGUCUGCCAAGAGUUUUCUGGAUUUAUUUUCGCAAAAGGGCAAGCUGGUAGUGGUGACAGGAGCGGCAGGAGCCAUUGGAGGAGCCAUCUGCCAUGGUUUUGCCUCUGCAGGAGCAGAUUUGUGUAUGUUGGACUACAAGUAUGACGCUGCCUUGGCAGAUUUCUUGUCUGAAAAAUACCAUAUCAAGGCCAUUGCGUACCAGGUGGAUAUAACCAAAGCCGAAGACGUGGAAACGUGUGUGCAUGCAAUCCAAAAAGAUUUCCCAGACCGCAGCAUCGAUACCUUUAUCGCCAACGCCGGAGUCGCAUGGACUCAUGGCAGUAUUUUGAGCGAAAGUGCUACCCCGGACGCUUGGAAACGAGUGAUGGACGUUAACGUCCAGGGAACUUUUCAUUGUUCUAAAUACAUUGCAGAAGUUUUCAAGUUGCAGGGCCAUGGUUGUCUGAUUUUAACGGCGUCGAUGUCGUCGCACAUUGCCAACGUUCCCAACUACCAAACGUGCUACAACGCCUCCAAAGCAGCUGUCAGACACAUGGCUCGUGGAUUCGCUGUGGAAUUCGCACAUCUGACAGAGCCAGCAGGCCGGAUUCGCUGCAAUUCGGUGUCCCCGGGCUACACAGACACGAUUCUAAGCUCCUUUGUCCCAACGGAGCAACGGGCCCAAUGGUGGGGACUCACUCCCCAGGGUCGUGAGGCUUUGCCUCAAGAACUGGUAGGCGCAUAUCUUUACUUAGCGUCAGACGCUGCCUCAUUCACCAAUGGCUGUGAUAUUCCUGUAGAUGGAGGUUACACCUGUGUGUAG